AAAAAUGAGUAUUAGAGAUUAUGAUUCCGUUUUUGAUCAGAUUGACAUUUCUUGUCAAGGAUAUUUAACAGUCAAUCAGCUCCAUGAUUUCCACAAAUCUCUCUACUUUAGUUCAAUACCAUUAUCUCAAAUUAACUCGACUGUAAAACAGAUCUGUGGAGUAUCGAGCGCAGGUAAAGUGUCACGUGAGUUAUUUAUUAUUGUGUUGUUGGAGAUCGAACGUCAGAGAACUCUUCAAGAACAGUGUUACUGGGACUUCCGAGCUUUAGAUACAAAUGGCGAUGGCAAGAUAAUGCUACGAGAUGCCUUCAUCUUAUUUCAAGAAUUUCACGGGGAGAAGUUUUCAUUGGAUACUUGGAAGAGGUUUUUAUCUUGUCGGGAAUAUCCAAACUGUGAUGUCUACUACGAUGAGAUUAAAUCUUGGCUCUCUGAAAUACCAGAUGGUCCUCCAUGUACCGACCAAGAAAUAUCCGCAGAAGAGAAACGAUUAAAAGAAUUAACCGAGGAAUCUAAAUGGCAAGAAUAUGUGUCCUGGAAUAGUUUCCAGGAGGACAAUGCGUAUGACGAAGAUUAUCGGAAUGAUAUAAAUCGAGAAGCCCAGAGAAAACUGAACAAAUGGACCCGACAAGGUGUAGAAGCCAUGUUAUAUGAUGAUGGAUUAGAUCUGGCUAUGAAUGUGGGGAAUCAACCGUUAAAGCCACGUAAUAGUAUCAACAUGUCUGAUCUAAUGGAUGCCCUCGAUCAAAAAUACAACAUUCUACAAGACAGAUUGCUUUUACAUAUGGCAGAAGUUUCUUCUAAUAUGGAAAGUGAAGUCACUGAAAUUUUUCAGUCUCUAAGAAAACAUACGAAACAAUUAUUAAAAGACAAAAAUUUAUCAGAUAAUUCAAGUGACUUGCCCGGUGCAAAUGCUGUGCUUCCAUACACACUAGCUGCUGUCAUGGGACAUCAUAAAUCUGAUAAAAACUUUGAAUUAAUGGAGGCAAAUAUAUUGAAAUUAAAGAAAGAAGGUAAAACAGAGAAAGAAAUAAAUGAAUUUUAUGAAAAUCAGUUUGAAGAUUUAAAUAAUGGUUCUAAAACUUGUGGUGAUAUUUUGGUUCAGCUCAAUGAAAGACAUGAACAGGAACGAGACUACUGUUUAUCCAUUCUACACAGUGGACAAGAUCGUAAAACUACAACAAAUCUUCUAAAUACAGAACUAGCCUCACUUUCACAUCAACACAGUCUCCUGGGAUAUGAAUCGGCUAUCAACCAAUCAGCAUUUAGUUUAGGAUUAGGAGAACGAGGUGCUAAAGAUGAACUACAAGGUCUAGAUGCUAUUAGAUGGCGGAAACUUGCACAGUUGAGACUGGAAGAUAAGAAAGGAAGGAAACAGACAAGGGUCACAGAUAACAAAUUGACCUUGAUUAAAACUGAUGACCUGGGUACCAUUGAUCUCCGAUUGAAAGUUAUAGAAGAAAUCGACAGAAAACAUUUUUUUGAAAGAGAAGCCUUGAUAAAUAUGUUGGAAGGACCAGAGAGUAACCAGUGGCUGGCAGAAGUGAGAAAUUUACCAACAAUGGAACAGGAUAGUCGAAUAACUAAAUAUCGUAACCAACAGAAGAAUUGGAUGAAUAAUUUAUCAAGCGUCCAACCUGAUCCACAGACUCUAAAUAAUCAUCAAAAUAUUCUUCACCAAGCUGUAGCAAUACACUGGUGUCAUAUUCAGGUUACCAUGGAGAUAUCACAACCAAAUAUAGCAGAUGACCAAAUAUCUGCAGCCAUCUUGUCUGAGUUACAAAAAUUUCAAGAAACGGAAAUAAAAGACAAAAUUGAAGAAAUACAGUCAUUGGGAGUUAAAGAACUAAAAAAACUAAUCAAGACAGAAUAUUGUUUAUGUAUUAAUGAAUGUUUUGAAGGAAUCGCUUCCAUUACCCUUGGCUCUCUAAAGGUAUCAGACGAAGAGAAAGAAUAUCUUGAUGCUGUUGAUGAAAAAUAUUCUGCGAUUCGUGACAAACUCUUCCUCUACCUACUUCAGCAACAACAUGGACUAAACUGGAUCAAUUUACCUGUUGAUGUUAAACAGAAAGAAAUUGUCCGAAUGAGACGUGAGGAGAAGAAAAUACGAUCAACUGGUCAAACAGAUGAUUUUAUUCAAUUUCUUGGCACAAAGGGAAUGGCUUUGCCAUCAUUAAACAGUCUACUUGGACCACAGAAAUGGAGAAAUGCAGAUAAUGUGGUGAAUAAUUCAAGUACAGAUAUAUUGAGUGAUUUGAUUGGUCGAUAUGAUGCAGAACAGCAAGGGUUGUUGAACUGGUUACAGAGGAGUGAAGUUAAGAAUUACCCAAAUCGUAAAAAAAGAAAAGAGAUUGUAUAUGCAAGACUACAGACUAGAACAAUUAGUCUUGAUACAGAUCUUGAGGCUGCAUACAUAGCAACUGGAUUAUUAGAAAGACUGGAAGAUCGAGAUAAAGAAGACAAGACUAGAGUAACCAGACUGGGCGAAUUAAAUGUCAAGUUAUGGAGAGAUCGAAAGGAAGAAGGAAAAAGAUACAAAAAGUUAUAUCCUGAUUAUCAGAAACAAAAACAAGGUGACAUAACUGACAGUCAACUUCAUUGCCUAAUGGAGGUCAAACAUCGUCAUGGUGAUGAACGGGAGCAGUUAUUACAGUUGGUUAAUGAAGUAUCAUCAGAGGAUUUACAGGAGGCAGCAGCUAUGAUGGGAGAAGGAGAUCGACAGAAACGUUUAUCAGAACUUCAGACUAAAUACCAAAGCCUUGACUUGACAAACGCAGAUGAUAUAAAUGAGUAUAGGUCUAUAGUGGAAGAAGCUGGUGCUAUUCAAGUAAUUUGUCGCAAGGCUACUUUACAAAAAGAAAGGAAGAGGGGCGUGACACCAGACAUGACAGCCGCAUCUUUACUAGAAAAUCUGUACAGACAGCAGGACAAGGACUUGAGGUCAUUAUAUGUAAAGAUUGAUAAAAUGGAAGAGGAAGAACUUAGAGCUCUUCAGUUAAAAGAGAGAGAGAAGAGAAAGAAAGAUAUUUCAAUGAAUGUUAUGAAAGUGUUGACCAUGGUUGAAGGAGCUGCACAUGAACAUGACAUACUACAGAUAAUUGAUAGAAAGUAUGAUGUUUUAAAAGACAGAGUUUUAUUAGAAAGUAUAAAACAAUCACACGAUACAUCAGCUUGGAGUAAAAUUAACAGCCACGACAAACAAAAACUUGUUGACAGGCUCAAAGAAUCCACAGAAAAGUCAUGGAGACAAGGAAAUAUUGAAGAAUUUGCAGCUUCAAUAGGCUUGGAAUUCAAACUAAGUUUUGACUUAAAGAAUGUCCUUGGAGCAGAUCGUGAAAGUUUUAACAAAACAGGAAAAAUAGCUGUAUUUCAAGAAGAGUUUACAGAGAAUGGUGUUUUAUGUCUGGAUGUUAUAAAGUUUUUAUGGAAUAGAUUUGAAACAGAAAAAGAAUACAUCAUCAAUAUGUCUCGAGGAGCAUCUGGGUCAUUUAUAUCUGAUAAUGAGAAGUUUGUACUGAUAUCCAGACUGACAAGAGAGAUGACUGUAUGUAACUAUGAAAGUAGUCUUUAUCUGUCAGGUCUUUUAGUGGGUUUACUAGAAAGACAAGUAAAUGAUGUCCAAAAUUUAUCAGAUUUGGAUUUGCCGAGAUAUAAAGUUUUAGCUGCAGAGACAAUAACGUGGUGCAAAUCUAAAAAAGACGACAUCAAAAUAACAAAUGGUUUAAAGUCAACAGAUAAAAUAACUCUACAAAAUAAUGUACUUUUGCUUCUACACAAUCAGCAUUUACAAGAACGAUUGGAUUGGUUCAAAAUGCUAACGAAUACAAAACAAGCAGAGAUCAGUAAAAUGGCAUCUGUAAAAUCACAGCAACAACGAAAUGAUUGUUUAAUAGCUCUGAAAAACACUCAUGCAACACUCAAUCCAGUUGCUGUUGAUGAAACUCUGAACAUAUUGUUAGAAGCUAUGGUUUAUAAAUUAGAAAACCUAAAGUCUUUAAGUGAAUAUGAGAAUUACACAGAAGAAAUGAUACUGGUUUUGAUGAUGGCUUUUCUUGUACAACAUCAACUUGUACAGGCAGAAAAAAUCUUGCAACACUUUCCUGAACAGUCAAGUGAAGAUUUAACAUGGUUAGCAAAUCAACUGACAUCUGACCAACACAAUAAAAGAUGUAAUAAUGUUGCUACUAUCGUCUUCUCCACCUAUGCUAUAAGGGAAUCAACUGAAGAUGAACUAUUAACAGCACUAGAAGGAAAAUAUGAUGCUUUAAGAGAUAAACUUAUUGUUGAAGCAUUAAUUAAUCAGUAUGGAGAAUUAGAUUGGUCAAAGAUAACGGAUGAAGAAAGGCAGAAGAAGAUUUUGGAACUGAAAAUAAAGGAGAGAAGACUUCGUAGGGAUGGAAAAUUGGGAGACGUGAAUAAACUCAUUGGUGAGUCUCUAAAGAACCAGGAUGCAUUAGCGAAAUUAAUGGGACAUAAUCAGGCUGAACAGGAACGUAAAUUAAAAGAGAGACUAGAAAGACGGAAACAGAGGAAAGCACAAGGAAGAACAGAGGAAGAAUGUGAUAAUAUGGAAGAGGAAGAUAGAAAAAAAGAAGAGGAAGAAGAAAAAAAGAACACAAAUAUUAUAUUGGAAUUAGAAAAUAGAUUUGACCAGGUUUGUUUAAAUCAUAUUCUUUGA